AACCUACCAUUCAGUAGACAAACCAAACCGGCUGGUUGUCUCUGCAAUACCCACUAACUUCGAACGCAAGGGAAAAAAAAAGGCAGGCAGACUGAAAAUUCUUCAAAGACCAAUCGCAUAAUCGACAAUCUCCACCGCACUCACUGUCCUGACCCCCUCCAGGUGGUGCAACAAUCGCCAUGGCCAUGCAUCAACAACGACCUCUCUCUCUCUCUCUCUCUGUGUGUGCUUGUGCUGCCCACACCCACUCCAUAUCCCCACUUUUGUUCAAAGACAAGAAAAAAAAGGAAAAAGGAUCAAUCGCUGUCAUCAAUGGUACCGUUCCAUUUGCCUCUCGCCUCCGUUCGGUUUGUUCCGCUUUACACAAAUGAUGAGAGAAUGGGUGUGCCACGCUACCGGGUUGAUCCCCAUUGCCAUCCCCAUGGCGUGGCAUGGCAAUCGCCCCAGCACCAUCUCAUCACUUACUUAAUAUGGAGCUGCCGCUUUUCACUCUCAAACAGACCAAAAGAAUUAGCGCCAAACUAAAUCCAAAGGACUUUGACACGCUUGGCUAUUUUGGUCAUCCUUGAG